AUGCGGAGCCUUGAACCCUUUUGCGGGGAUGUUGCCUGCCGAGUUUUCUGCAUCCUCCUGGUGAAAGAGCCGCACUUCUGGCUGAAGAGCUGCAGCCGUGAGCUGCGGAACUUCUUCGAGAUCCGACCAUUCGAGGGUCCUCAGCGUCGCGAGAUGCCAGCGCAGCAAUUGUCGCAGCUCCUAGGAAGUUUGGAGCACGACUGCGUGACGUACGAGAAUGCGCUGCAGCUGUGGAAUGACACUGUACGCUCCUACAUGGAUGAUGGUGUAUAUCCUGCUGACCAGGCGGUGAUUGUACGGUGCGAGGACUUUCUCUUCAGCUUUCAUGAGGUCAUGACAACCUUGGGCCAGUUGGGCCAGCUGGAGGAGUUGAGUGCGUCUGUGCCAGAGCCCAUCGAGGAGCGUGCGAAAGGACACAAAGAAUGCCGCACUCGGGGGGAGGCCCUCGACUUUUACGGCAAUCCGAAGAACCUGAAGGCGCGAGAAGAGCAGUCGAUGCAUCUUUGUUUGUUUUGUGUGAGUGUGCAUGUGCGUGUUCACAGCUUCUUUUCCACUAUUGCAAUAAGGAGGCAUAUAGAAAACUAUUGUAUUGCACAGGAUUCCCGGGCCAGGACUGCGCACCAAAAAAGCCGAGCCCCCUCAAGACCCCACCAGACGUCAAAAAAAAAACCAGCAAGUUCGGUCGCAUGCAGUCUUGACUCAUGGCUACAGUAG